UUCAUUUGAUGAACAUAUACUUAGCUGGAUUCUACAUUUUGGGAACAAAAUCAUAAAAGAAGAAACCUAAUGAAUCAAUGAGAUCAUUGUUGAGAACAGAUUCCAACCAUACUCGGUGUCGACGAGAAAUUGCUCGAUAACUUUCGAAGUCGAUAUAUUUUGGGAUUUUGGUUUUCAGAAAUGAAGUCUCCAAUGUACAAGAAAUAUGACAGUGCAGAUUAUUUUGACUAUGAGUUUGAUUGCCAAGCAAAUUUUAAACAGUUUCUUGACGAAGCAAAAGCAUGCCAAGGAAAUUUCAAGAUUGAGCCUCCUGAAAAGGUGGGAAUUAAGGGACAAUUACAAGGGGAGAAAAAGAACAGAAAAUCAUGGAAAAAUUCCCUGUUCUUCUGGUUGAAAACGGAUAAGAAGAACAAGUCCGUCGUGCAGCAAUCUCCAAGAAAUGGCACCAUCGGUUCUGAACUGAGUCGUGGUCCAUUCUCGGGUCCAGUCCGUGGAAGUGGUGGUGGUAGCAUUACUGACAGACCCCGGAAGCCAACAUCGGGGCCCAUCACCAGACUUCUCCUUUCGAGCAAGAGAGUCAAGGACGAGGUGCCCUAUGUGUCUCUUGGCCAGCUUAAAAAUUCCCAAGAUGAUCAAUCUUAUGGACCUGUUUACUUGGUUACUUAGUAUAGAUCAGUAAAGAAUAUCAUGUACUGUGAAUCUAUGAUCCUGUUUAUAUCUUUUUAGAACAUCCAAAUUUUCAAGAAUGUGGCAUGAUUCAUGGCUGUCGGUUGGUUAUCAUUGUCUAAUUUUUGUGAGAAAAAGCAGAGGUGCACAUACAGCCCAUACUAUGGUGUUGAAUGUACAAGACAACCUGGUUUUAACU